AUGAGCUGCUUUGGUUGUUGCGGUGGUGAGGAUUUCCGUAGAGUUGCUGAAACCGGACCAAGGCCGGCGCACACAGGUAGCUUAGUUUUCCCCUGUUACAACAAUGGAGGUCAUCAUCAAAGGGCGGAUCCACCCAAGAACCCGCCGGUCCUGCAGAUGCAGCCUAUCGCUGUGCCGGCCGUUCCAGCGGAUGAACUGAAGGAUAUAACCGAUAACUAUGGCUCAAAGUCUUUGAUUGGUGAGGGCUCAUACGGAAGAGUUUUUUACGGUGUUCUUAAAACCGGUAAGGCAGCUGCUAUUAAGAAACUGGAUUCUAGUAAGCAACCGGAUCAAGAAUUUCUCGCACAGGUGUCAAUGGUUUCGAGAUUGCGACAAGACAAUGUUGUUGCGCUUUUGGGGUAUUGCGUUGACGGUCCACUCCGUGUUCUUGCUUAUGAAUAUGCUCCUAAUGGAUCUCUUCAUGAUAUUCUUCAUGGACGAAAAGGUGUGAAAGGAGCAGAGCCAGGUCCUGUUCUGUCGUGGCACCAGAGAGUCAAAAUCGCUGUUGGUGCGGCUAGAGGGCUCGAGUACUUGCAUGAGAAGGCAAACCCUCAUGUUAUCCACAGAGACAUCAAAUCCAGCAAUGUACUUUUGUUUGACGAUGAUGUUGCCAAGAUUGCUGAUUUCGAUCUGUCCAAUCAAGCCCCUGACAUGGCUGCUCGUCUUCACUCAACUCGUGUCCUGGGAACCUUUGGCUAUCACGCUCCAGAGUAUGCAAUGACAGGAACAUUGAGCACAAAGAGUGAUGUCUAUAGUUUUGGAGUUGUUCUGUUAGAGCUCCUCACUGGUCGUAAACCAGUUGAUCAUACCUUACCACGAGGACAGCAGAGUCUCGUGACAUGGGCAACCCCUAAACUGAGUGAAGACAAGGUGAAGCAGUGCGUUGAUGCAAGACUAAACGGAGAAUAUCCUCCUAAAGCUGUUGCGAAGCUGGCUGCUGUAGCUGCGCUGUGUGUGCAAUAUGAGGCAGACUUCAGGCCAAACAUGAGCAUAGUGGUAAAGGCUCUUCAGCCUCUGCUCAACCCUCCUCGCUCUGCUCCUCAAACUCCGCACAGGAACAACCCUUAUUGA